CAAGUAGGUCUUGUUAAUUUUUUAUUACAAAACAAUAACACAUUCCGAAAAGUAAACACAAAGCACACGCAGCUACAAAAAGCACAAUCCGCAGUAACGCGGUAACCAAACCAAAAAGAAAAAGGAAAAAAACUAAACCAAACUUACACUCCAAGCUUUUUGUUCCGGUCAAGGGAUCCAAGAUGCCACGCGUGAAGCCCACCAAGAAGCUCGAUGUCCUGGGAAAUCUGGACCUGCGGCCCGAGGAUGCGGUGGGCGACUAUAUCAGUUCAAAGCAGCAGAAGAAAUUCUUCGUGAUUCCACCGAACUCAGACUCCGCGGGCGACUCCAUCGAGUUGAUUUUCGUGAACAAUCUUCGCGAACACGAUGCCAUGCUUAAGUUGCAGGACGAGAUGCUGUCCAAUGCCAAGCGGCAGACCAAGGUGAACUCCACCAGGGUGAAGAACAUGUACAAGAUCCAGGAGCGGCUGAGGCGGCGCUUCAUCGAGGUGAACAGCUUCAUCAAGGACUGCGCGGACAAGAAGCGAGCCGCCGAGAAGACCGCCCAAGGGGAGAGCCUCUACCACAAGGAGCUCGGCGAGGGCAUUGAGAGCUUCAAGGGGGAGAUCGGGGAGCUCAAGGCCUUUCGGGAGGCUCUCAAGGCCACCGUCCACGAGUUCCAGCCCUACGAGAAGGUGCUCGACGAGGUGGUGAAGGUAUCCAGCAUAUUCGUAUCCCCGAAGGACUGCAUCGACCGCUGUGAUGCAUUAAUGCUAGCUCAAGUGGAGAUCAACAAACUGGAGCAUCAAAAAUUGAUGGAGAUUGAGAGUAUGCGGCAGCGUAUAGUACAGAUUACUAACGAAGCGGCUCUGACUGUGUUGGGCCUCAAGAAUGAUCUAGCCAGGCUCGAAAGAUCUUACAACGAGUCCAGAGUUCAGUGUCUCAGGUGGGAGAAGAUCUUGGCGAACACCAAGGAUGUAAUUAACAACUGUUAUAUGGACAAGGAACGCACGUUAGAGGCGAUUAACAACCUUCAUCGGAUUCUUUGCCGUCGACGAGAUAUAACUUCGUCCUCUGCUCGCGGUGACUUAGCCAAAACGUUGGAUUCCAUCAAAAACGAAGUGGAGAUAUUGACUGGUGUUCUGAAGCAGAUCGAAUCAUCCGACUCCGCUGUAAAAAUGGGUGAAGUAAGAGAUAUAACCCUCUGCUAGUCUAAAGAAAAAAUUCCGAGUAUUCAAAUAAAAACUUAAAUAAUUAUUAAAGCCAAUAAAAAUAUUUAUGCAAUGUAA